AUGGGAGUACACUCAAGAACGUUUGCGUCCUUCUUUAUAUCAUUCUUGUUGUUUUUCUACGCCUCUUCUGAGAGCAAUGACGGAACAGUAAGAGUUGGCCUGAAAAAACUCAAGUUGGAUCCUAACAAUCGACUUGCCACACGCUUUGGUUCCAAGCAAGAAGAGUCCCUUAGAUCUUCUUUAAAUGAGUUCCGCUCAAAAGACAACAAUCUUGGAGGCUCUGGAGAUGCUGAUAUCGUUGCAUUGAAGAAUUACUUGGAUGCUCAGUACUAUGGUGAGAUUGCUAUAGGUACUCCACCGCAGAAGUUCACUGUGAUUUUUGACACGGGAAGCUCUAACCUUUGGGUACCAUCAGGGAAAUGUUAUUUCUCGCUGUCUUGUUUCUUUCAUGCCAAGUACAAGUCCUCGCGUUCAAGCACUUACAAGAAGCAUGGAACACGUGCAGCAAUCCAUUACGGCUCUGGAUCAAUCUCUGGUUUCUUUAGUUAUGAUGCUGUCACGGUUGGUGACUUAGUUGUCAAAAAUCAGGCAAGUUAUUAUCUAUUCGAGUUUAUUGAGGCAACUAGUGAGCCUGGUUUAACCUUCUUGGUGGCUAAAUUUGAUGGUCUCCUUGGUCUUGGAUUCCAAGAGAUCUCUGUUGGAAACGCCACUCCUGUUUGGUACAAUAUGCUCAAGCAAGGCCUUAUCAAGAAACCAGUGUUUUCAUUUUGGCUUAACCGUGACCCGAAAAGUGAAGAAGGCGGUGAACUUGUAUUUGGUGGUGUUGACCCAAAGCAUUUCAAAGGAGAACACACAUAUGUUCCUGUAACACAAAGGGGUUACUGGCAGUUCGAAAUGGGUGAGGUUCUCAUUGCCGGAAAAUCUACUGGAUACUGUGGAAGUGGUUGUUCUGCGAUUGCAGAUUCUGGAACAUCUUUACUUGCAGGGCCAACAGCUGUGAUUGCCAUGAUAAACAAAGCUAUUGGAGCAUCUGGAGUUGCUAGCCAGCGAUGCAAGACUGUUGUUGAUCUUUAUGGACAGACCAUUUUGGAUUUACUUUUGGCUAACGCUCAACCAAAGAAGAUCUGCUCACAAAUAGGUCUUUGCACAUUCGAUGGCACCCAUGGAGUCAGCAUGGGAAUUGAGUCGGUGGUGGACGUGGAUAACAAAAAAUCAUCUAGUGGUAUUCGGGAUGCUGGUUGUGCUCCAUGUGAAAUGGCUGUUGUGUGGAUACAGAGCCAAUUAAUGCAGAACAUGACUCAAGCGCGUAUAGUGAACUACAUUAACGACAUGUGCGAACGCAUGCCCAGUCCUAACGGAGAGUCUGCAGUUGACUGCUCACAACUCUCUAAAAUGCCAACUGUUUCGUUCACCAUUGGAGGCAAAGUCUUUGAUCUUGCUCCAGAAGAGUACGUACUUAAGAUUGGGGAAGGACCAGUGGCACAAUGCAUCAGUGGCUUUACCGCGCUUGACUUGCCUCCACCUCGUGGACCUCUCUGGAUACUGGGAGAUGUGUUUAUGGGACGAUACCACACUGUCUUUGACUUCGGCAACGAGCAGGUUGGCUUCGCAGAAGCUGCGUAAACAAAGAACAACCUCGGUUCAGUUUCUUUUGUUAUGUGUGUUGUAUGAAAGCUGUUUGUUGUGUGUUGUGAAACCUCUUUGUUGCACUUGUUGACUUCAGUUAACCUCUCUCGCUUCUCAUCUCACUUGUGUUAUACUCUCUGCUUCUGUAAGUC